UUACAAAAGGAAAGGACCAAGUUGGUUUUGAAUGUCCGAUUUGCCGCAAGUUGAUUCAACUCCAAGGACACCCUGGUGUUCCAGAGACAUGGGUAGAUCAACUGCCAACAAACCAUCUCAUAACAUCGAUGAUGGACCUAAAAGACAUAACCAGAUCAGAGAAGCUGUGUAACGCAUGUUAGUUGAGUAAUGUAUCGAAGAAAGUCGUGUCUUGGUGUACAGUAUGUGGUGAGGCGUACUGUACAGACUGUACAAAAGAUCACAGAAAGUUCCGAAUGUCAUUACAUCAUAAAAUCAUUUCUAUCGAAGAACUGAAAUCUUCUGAAGAAGUAUUUGGUGAAUCAGGGAUCGUUUUUUGUGAUGAACAUCCUGAUAAGGCCAUUGAAGUAUUUUGUGAUGACCAUUCCAAACCAUGUUGUACAUUAUGUGUAACAAUUAAUCAUAGAAAAUGUGAGAACGUUACUACCAUUGACAAAGCUACUGUCGGUAUCAAAACAGCAACGAAAACCACAGAACUUCAUAAAAAACUACAGCAGUUAAGCCAAGAAAUUGACAGUUCUAUAAAAAUCAUUGAAGACAAUAAGACCAAAUUUGAAACCGAAAGUACCAACAUCUUAUCAGAGAUUGACCUAUUGAAAAGUAACAUUAUCAAACACUUAGCAAGAAUGGAAAACGAAAUAAAAGAAGAAUUAUCAACUAAAAAGGGGGUCAUUUUGAAAGCUAUAGAAAAUGAAGCUAUGGAACUUACGAGUCUGAAAUGUACUAUUGAUAACUGGAAAAGGAUCAUGGACACUUGCCUUAAACAUGGUUCGGAACUCCAAUGUUUAACAGAAGUAAAUAGACUCAUAGCAAAGAAGGACGGCUUGGGCAAUCAAAUAAAAACUGCAAUAUCUACGUUAAAAAUCAAUUCUUUAACGUUCAAACCGUUUGAUUCCGUCAAAAACUUUGAAAGUAAUGAAAAAUCGUUCGGCAGCUUAUCCUUAUCGGAUUCGUUAAUGCAUAAGCCGUCUGUAAAUAUGAAAACAGGAAAAAUCGAAAUUGUUCACGUUUUUGACGUCGCCAAUGGAGGGAUAUCUUUUGGAAGUGGUAUAUUUCUUGGUAAUUUCAUAUUAAUAACAAACUUUUCAAGUCAAAGAGUAGUGAAAUUUAAUCGGGAAUUUGUCUAUAAAAACGAAUUAAAAUUACCGCAUGGUCCAUACGAUAUUACAAAAAUAGACGAUUCUAAAGUUGCUGUCGGAGCGCAACCACAGAUCUUUAUCAUUGACGUCGUAAAUAUGAAGAUAGAAAAGAUUUUAACAGUAAAUGGUUCGUUUUUGGGACUCCAGUAUGUAUGUCCAGAAUAUAUAGUUGCAUAUUGUGGAAAACUAACGUGGAUAGAUGCAUCCAGCGGAUCAAGAAUAAGAGACUGCCAGACUGGUAACCAAUGCCUCUACUUUCAUGCUUUUGGGAGAAAUGAGUAUAUAUGCGCUGUGACUUCCAAUUCUGUGUCUAAAUAUGUAGACGGGAAAGCUGAAUUUACCUAUAGCUCUGAUAAGUUAACAUAUAUAAGAGGAAUAGACAAGGACUGUGAAGGAAAUAUUUACAUUUGUGGGUAUAGCUCAAAAAAUAUCCAUCAACUGACAAAGGAAGGUACCUUAGUGCGAAUAAUUUCAGCUUCUUCAUUCGGAAUAUCUAGUCCGUGGAUUAUACGGUUUGAAUUAAAUAGUAACAUCUUUUUACUGACAGACUUUGACUCUGGGAAAGUUGUUAUCUGUAAAAUUUGUUAAGCAAAGAGUAAUUGUUCGUAACGUAUUUCAGAUGAAUAGCGACCAUUACAACUUUUUUUCAUAAUUCAAAAGUAUUUCGUCUGUAAAACAAAUAAAGAAGUUGUAAAGAUUCAAAUAAAUGUGUAUUGUGAUACAGUGUUUCAAAAGAAUGGGUUAAUUUAAAACAAUUUGACUGUAUACAAAUAAAGCUCU